AUGGCCACCACCAGCAAUCCAACCAUCGUCUUCGCGCCGGGCGCCUGGCAUACGCCCGAUUGCUUCGACGUCGUCCGCGACGCCCUCCACGCCCGCGGUUGGUCCACGGAGGCCGUCACCUACCCAUCCGUCGCGGCCGAGCCGCCUACCAAGGGCCUCGCCGACGACGCCGCGGCGGUGCGGGCGGCGCUUCAGCGCCUCGCCGAUGAGGGGACGACGAUCGUGCUCGUCGUGCAUUCGUACGGUGGGCUGGUUGGCGCCAAUGCUGUCGAGGGCUUGGGCUACAAACAGCGGGCGAAGCAGGGCCAGAGUGGUGGCGUCAUCAUGUUUGUCUAUCUGGCAGCUUUCGUGACGCCGCUGGGCAAGAGCAUCAAGGACAUGCUGGGUGGGCAGUUUUUGCCGUGGAUGAAGUUUGACGGUAAUUACGUCCACGCCGACACGCCUGAGGUCGUGUUCUAUCACGACUUAGAACCGGAGGCUCAGAAAAAGGCCAUUGUCGCGCUAAAGCACCAGUCGGCCUCGGUCUUCACUGACGCCGUCACAUAUGAGCCCUGGCACGACAUCAACAGCAUGUUCUUCUUCUGCGACGCCGACCAGGCUCUGCCGCUGCCGGUGCAGCAGGGAAUGGCAGCUUUGCUCGGGCCGAAUGCGGCCAGCUUUCACUCCAAGGGCAGCCACUCACCGUUCUUGUCGCAGGCCCAGGAGGUUGUCGAUGGUUUAGAGUACGCCGCGAAGGUGGGUCAGGAGAAGAUUAAGGCUUGA